AUGUGGCUUCCUGACAUUGUCUCUUCCUUGCAAAGUGCUUAUGUCCUAGGUAGAUUGAUCUCUGAUAAUACCCUGGUGGCAAACGAAGCAGCACACUUUAUGCACAAACUCAGGUAUCAGGAGGAGGGUUUCUUCUCUUUAAAACUGGAUAUUAGUAAAGCAUAUGACAGACUUGAGUGGUCGUUUAUCUCUGCUAUGUUAACAAAGCUAGGUUUUGAUCCUAGUUGGAUUCAGAUCAUUAUGAAGUGUGUUACAUCUGUUGCUUAUUCUAUCCUGCUUUAUGGGGAGCCAUCUCCCAGGAUUGCACCUACUCAAUGUAUCAGACAGGGUGAUCCACUUUCACCCUAUCUGUUUAUUUUAUGUAGUGAAGGAUUGUCACCACUUAUCUCGCAGGCAGUCCAGCAUCAGGUCAUUCAAGGACUUAAAAUGUGCCCUCAGGCCCCUACCCUUCACCAUCUUUUCUUUCCAGAUGACAGUAUACUCUUUGGCUUUGCUACUAUGGCAAAGUGUAUGCAUUACAAAAGAAUCCAUGAUAUCUAUGAAAAUGCUUCAGGCCAGAAAGAGCAUGAUAAGUAUCUGGGACUACCUAUGAAAGUAGGAAGGUCCAAGUCUGCUAUUUUUGCGUACAUAAAGGAGAAACUCACAAAGAAACUAGUGAAUUGGAAGGCAAAAAUCCUAAGUGCAGUUGGAAAGGAAAUCCUCAUCAAAGCAAUGGCCCAAACCAUGCCAUUUUGGGAGAGAUUAUGCCUAACAAAAGAUGAAGGAGGAAUGGGUUUUAAAAAUGUGUUUGCUUACAACCUGGCCAUGCUAGCUAAACAAGGGUGGAGGCUGCUUACUAACCCAAACUCAUUGAUUGCACGACUUUAUAAAGCCAGGUACUAUCCAAAUAAUUCCUUUUGGGAGGCAGAGUUGGGUGAUUCACCAUCAUUUUCGUGGAGAAGCAUUCUCCAAGGAAGGCCGGUACUAAAAGCAGGAGUUCAAUGGUGUAUUGGUGAUGGGACACAAGUUAACAUUUGGAACGAUCGUUGGAUUCCAGACUGUCAACAAUACUUGCUCCACAAACCAUCUGAUUGUGUUUUUGAACUUGUUUCAGACUUGAUUGAUCAUGGUACAAGAACAUGGAUGUCGGCUGCAGUUUACACUAUAUUCCCACCCGACAUUGCUCAGAAGGUUGUUUGCAUCCCUGUUGGAUCAUAA